AUGGGCAUGUCAAAAUCAACAGUGCAUAGAAGAGUCAAAGAAGGAAGCAUUAAAGCGCAUUCAAAUGCUAUGAAACCAGGUCUUAAACUGAGUACAAAGAUAUCUAGGUUGAAACACUGUCUUUCCAUGGUCGAUGAAAUCUUAUCCCCAGCAAAAUUUCACGACAUGUAUAACCGUAUCCACAUCGAUGAGAAAUGGUUUUAUAUGUCUAAGACGUCGCAAAAAUAUUAUCUUCAUCCACUAGAAGAAGAGCCUCUUCGUACAUGUCAUAGUAAGCGAUUUCUUCCAAAAGUUAUGUUUCUAUCCGCUGUGGCUCGUCCUAGAUUUGAUGCAGCUGGAAAUGUUAUUUUUGAUGGGAAAAUUGGAAUAUGGGCAUUUGUUUUUAUGGUGGCUGCACAAAGAACAAGCAAAAACCGGGUAGCUGGAACUAUAGAGAUGAGACCAAUGAAAUCGGUCACCAAAAUAGUUACUCGUUCUUUUUUAAUCGAAAAACUACUACCUGCAAUCAAACAAAAAUGGCCACAUGACGGUAGCACAAUCUUUGUUCAACAGGACAACGCGAAGCCGCAUAUAAGUAUCACAGAUAGGGAGUUUUGUGAAGCCGUUCGACAAUCAGGUAUGGACGUUCAAAUGUGUUUUCAACCAGCAAAUAGUCCUGAUUUAAAUACUAAUGAUCUUGGAUUUUUUAGAUCAAUUAACGAACACCAACACGUAUAUGCUCCAAUGACUAUGCUUGAAUUAUUCAGGGGUGUGGAAAAAGCUUAUGAUGAAUACUCACCUGAUUUACUAAACAGAAAAUUUUUCUGA